AUGGACGGCGAGCUCUCGUACGGUCGCAUCGUCGCUAUUCACGCCUCGGAUCGUGCCGGGUGGUGCGAGCUCAAGAUCGCCAUGUACGAUCCGAUGGUGGGCAAGUAUGUCGAAGACGAGUCGACCAGCUGGGAGCGUGACCCGUAUUCGAUCUGGGAGAUCUUUGACGUCCAGGGCAACAUUCCGGGCGUCAAAAAACCUCUCAACAGAGGCGUCCCGUCGCUGCUCAACAUGCUUCGGAGCGGUGAGCUCGUCCUCGAGCCCAAGCAAGUCUCGCUCGCUGACCUGGAGAAGCAAGAGCAGAUUGCAGCACGUGCAGCUGCCGAGGCUAAGCUCGCAGAGCGAGCGCGGGCGAUGGAAGCCGCGCGCGCGCGUUCAAUUGCUGAAUCGUCCGCCCGAAUCCAUGCCAUGACUGCCGCACAGGAGCAGGCCCGCCGCCAGGCCAUCCACACAGCUCCACCGCCGUCGUCGCUGCCGUCGGGCGUCGCACCCAUGGAUGUGGCACCCACACCUGCCGUUGACGCACAGCGUGCGCGGGAGCAGGUACAGGCACAGGCACAGGCACAGGCACAGGCACAGGCACAGGCGAGAGCACAGGCGCAAGCGCGGGCACAGGAAGAGCAGAUCAGGCUGCGGCAGCAGCAGGCUGAACGCGAUGCCGCACUGGCGCGGAAGCAGCUGGAGCAGCAGCAGGCAGUGGCGCGGGCGCGGCAGGCUGUCCGCCGGCAAGCUGAUGCUGUGGCGGCGACAGCAGCCCCGCGCGUUGUGCCGGACAAGUCAUCCAAAAAGCGCAAGCGGAGCCAGAGCCGCGAGUCGGGUGCAGGGACACCGAGCGUGCUCCCCAAGCACGUUGAAGAGCCGAGCUCUGCGGCUCUGACACCAACGGCCAAGGCGCAGGCCGACGCGGCGGCGCUCGCGGUGGCGGCACUCGCGGCGUCGCGCGGGGCCAUGGACAUUGUGGAGACGUACGACGAGACUCAGUCUGGAAACAAGCGGAUCAAGACAGCACGGUCGCGGAUGCGGUCGCACGGCGAGGCUGCGUCGCAGGAGGUCCUCAAGCAGCAAGCCUCACUCGCAAAGCGCCAGCAGCGCAAGCGCGCCGAGAUCGAGGCUGCCGAGGCCCGCAGGCGGGCCAAGGAAGAGGCUGAGCGGAAGGCCAAGGAGGAGCAGCGCAAGAAGCUUGCAAACAGAGGGCUCGACGCCGACGACGCGCUCCUCGCCAAGCGGCUGCAGGAGACGAUGGAGCAGCAGCGGCUGCGGCAGAUCGAGCUCGUGCGCCAACGCAAGAUCGAGGAGGAGCGGCGGGCGGCCGAGGUGGCGGCAGCAGCGGCAGCGGCGGCCGAGGCCGAGCGACUGGCCAAGCUGCAAGCCGAGGCCGAGGCGGCGGCGGCGCGCGAGGCAGCGGCAGCUGAGACCGAGGCGGCGGCGCUGGAGGCGGCGCGUAAGCGCGAGGCGGAGAAUGACCGGCUCGAGGACGAGCGGAUGACCGCGCUCAUGCAGCGCGUCUUGCGGGUCACCACCGCUACUGCUGCGCCGCAGGCGCCGGGCCUUCGCAGUGUGCCGGCCGGAAACGUAGGCGUCCUCGUCGCCGGUGCCAAGGAGAACGUUGGCGUCCCGCGCGAGGUCAAGGAUGGCAUUGCGGCGGCUAACGCAGCUGGAUGGCGGUACGGGCCGCUGGCCGACCAUCUGCAGUUUGCGCUCCGCGGGCGGCCGCUGCUCCGGUUCCGUUCGAGCGACUAUCAGCACGACAUCUACUUUCACGACAGCAGCGGGCACGCCUUUGGACGCAUCUACGCCCAGUUCGACACCCGCGACUUUGGUACCUUCUACGUCGUCUCGAUGUACUUUGCGCCGUCGUCGGCCGAGGUUGCCCGCGUCUACCCGGGCGCGGCCGACGCCGAUGCUACCGGCGACUCCAAGGUCGCGGUCUACGGCUCGAACGGCUACCGCAUCGUCCCAGUCUCCGCCAUUGUCCAGCGGUACAUGCCGGCCUCUGCGCUCGAGGUGAGAGGCGUGGUGGACGUUGUCCGGGACUCGGGUGCGUUGUUGUGA